AUGCGCGAAGGCUACACACGCACGCGCCUCUGCGACGAGCGGCAGUCGCGCGCUGGUCGUGUCCGUUUCCGCACCUCCGCGCGACGUCGCCUUCCCGCGCUCAUACCACGCGUUAAAUGGCGCCCAAACUGGGACCUCGCUUACGCGGCAUCCGCGAGGAUCCCCGAGGGCGUGGUAAGACAUCGACUAGGGAGGGGGCGCGGAGUCGGCGUGUUGGCGAUAGCGCGCUGUCUGAUAAGGUUGCAGACUACUGUCAACAAACCUUUACAUUUUAAUACAUGUAAUAUUAGAUAA